AUGCCGCUUUGCUCCUUGCCCUUACCUCAGAAUGUCUGGAGAAGCGCCAAAUCUGGUGUGGCGACCGCAGCUACACCGUACCUCUAUAUUCAACGGGUGAUCACAUCCUUUCAAAUCAAACCGUUGCUUCGUUUGUUGCAUUGGGAUUUUCGGUUCGAGUUGUUUUUCCAUCGAGAUCCAGGUGUGAGUUUCUUGUCGCAGUUUGACUGA